AUGCCGUCACAGCGCAACAUCGCAAUAUGCAAAGAAUACAUGGCGAUCGCGUACUCACCUAGUGAAAACAAGGGAGGAGACUCGGUUCGUCAUCUGUGCCGGGACGACAGCUGGUUCUGGGCUCCGGCCACUUUUCCUGGCUGCGAGACGCCAAUGGACUAUGCUCAGUCACAUUCCGUCGUGAUGGAAAGUGUGGCCGACCUGCACAUCAUCCGGUUCGACCAGGUGUUCGCAAAAAACGGCCAGGUCCUGCUCCGCUAUACCGCCGAAGGCAGCCACUGUGGGAAACCGUACAAGGGAAUCCCCGCAUCUGGUCGCCAUGCGCAGUGGAGUGCAGCGGCCAUCUUUGAGGUCGAAGAUGGCAAAAUCAAGAGUUUUACCAAGGAUUGGGAUCAGAAGACCAUGCAGAUCCAACUGGGAUGGGCGCCGGUCAAGGAGAGUUCAGACCCGAGAUGGAACGCUGAUGCGCUGGCGAACCCGGAGAUGUCCAGGAAGCAGAAGGAGGAAUGA